AAAUUAAAUCAGAUCAACUGCGAGCAUCCUCCGAGAACCACCGUCCUUGCUCGAUCACACUGGCAGGAUUUCUGUGUUGUAUUGCUUCUUUAUUUCAACAUUUUCUGCAACAAACACUGGGUCAUCACUGACACCAUGAAGGAAAGGAGAAAUACACAGCCGCUGGUGGUGAGGUGUAAACUGGUUCUUGUGGGAGACGUACAAUGCGGAAAAACGGCGAUGUUGCAAGUCCUGGCGAAGGAUUGUUAUCCAGAGACCUAUGUGCCCACGGUAUUUGAAAACUACACAGCCUGUCUGGAGCUGGAGGAGCAACGAGUGGAACUCAGUCUGUGGGACACUUCAGGUUCUCCAUACUACGACAACGUGAGGCCCCUGUGCUACAGUGAUUCAGAUGCAGUUUUGCUGUGUUUUGACAUCAGCCGUCCUGACACUGUGGACAACAGUCUGAAGAAGUGGAAAACUGAGAUCCUGGACUUCUGUCCGAGCACACGGAUCCUGCUCAUUGGCUGUAAGACCGACCUGCGCACAGAUGUCUGCACGCUGAUGGAGCUGUCCAAUCAGAAACAGACUCCCAUUACCUAUGAGCAGGGUUCUGCUAUGGCCAAGCAGCUGGGUGCAGAAGCUUACCUGGAGUGCUCAGCGUUCACCUCGGAGAAAAGCAUCCACAGCGUAUUCCGCACCGCAGCGAUGGCCUGCAUCAACAAGCUGCAGCCUCUCCCGAAGCCAAGCCCCACCCGCCGCCUGUCCAAAAGACUUCUCCACCUGCCCAGCAAGUCGGAUUUGCUCUCCUCCACCUUCAAGAAGGAGAAGACCAAGAGCUGCUCUGUCAUGUGAGUGGAGACCUCCUGGGUUACAGUCCUCACAUGCAACCCCCAGCCCCUGCCUCUUUGGUCUCGGGGAAGGGGGGGUGGGCAUGAUGGUUUUAUCAGGGCUUCCUGCUGAAUCCUUCCCUCACCCCCCCGAAAACCAAACACCCCUCAGAAGAGGUGGACACUUCGCUGUCCACUUGCUCCUGAACCUUUUAGCGCACAUCCAUCUUUUUUUCCACUACUGUUUAUCUUGCUUUCAGAGACACAAUAUCAGUCAAGGUUUGAUCAUCAAGCUAUCAUUUCUUUCACCUGUAAACAGUAUGCAACUACAAUGGUGUUACAUCUAUAUGAUUUUACUAUCUCUAGGCACAUGUUGAUUUUGUCCAAAUUGGAAAUGUGCAACGUGUGACGUUUAAUCUUGUGAUGUAAAUGCCUCUCAGACAAUUCAAUGGAUAUUUUUCUAAGUACAAAAAUAAAUCUA